AUGGCGCAAGGUGCAAUCAAGAAGUCUAAGCCCACCCAGGCGAAAAAGCCAACAUCUCUAGGUCCAAAACGAGGCGCAAAGACUAUCGCACCUAAAAAAGCGAAACUUAUAAAACAACAGAAACUGGUCAAGAAAUUAACGUCUGGCCUUACGGGGAAGACCGAGCGAUUGCUUGCUGAAAAGGCAGGACAUUUGGAGUUAUUAAAGGGGACAAGAAAGGAUAAAAAGGGGGAUAAUAAGCAGGCCGCAAAGAAGUGA